GUGAGAUGGGACGGGGAGUGAAUGGGAGGACGGUAAGGGAGUGGAUGAUACUGCUGCUGGGGCUGAGUGGAGAGACGAGUGGACGAGUGAUUGAGGCGAUGAAAGAGUUCUUGGAGAGCAUGCGGCGUGCAAGAUGUAGGCAAUGACAUCUUGCCCCGAGUAGCUGAACGCCGAUUUUCUGUGUUUUAUUUUUCUUUCACAGGAGCUGCCGAUGCAAAGGCCUGGCUGGGAGAAAUCUCAAUCCACCUGUGACAUCAAGAUCAAGAUCUGUUUGUUUACACUCAGUGCCAGUGGUGAGCUUCAAAACAAGUAACCUAACUAGCCCCAUAAAACACCCACGAAGAAGAAGAAGAAGAACCUACUGUACUGCCGGGGCUUUAAAGGCCGUGGUCCCAUGGCCUAACCAGCCCCUUAAAACACUGAAGAAGAAGAAACCGCGAAGACUACUUGUGGUUCAAUAAUGUGGGUGGUUCACCAGCAGCCAUGUGCAGUGUAUCACAAGGCAACUGUCUGCUCUAAAGCAACCUGUUUUACAUUCCUGACAUUCCUGGUGACACUAAUGGUUCCACUUUUACUGGUGUACAGGAGCCAGGGUCUUUGGGUGAAGGAGAUCCACCACCGAGAGCAGCCUGAUGUCCAGUUCAAGCAUGAGAUGCUCCUGACCCUAAACACUCAACAGGGGUCCCUAGUGUGGUCCACUCUCCCUGCCUUCAACACCCUCAUGGCACAACACUUGCGGGUUCCUCUCCUUCAGUCCCAUGAGGAAGACCAGGACCAUGACGGUGUGCAAGAAGGCCUGGAGCUACAAGUGUCAGUUCCGCUGGCUGCCAAGGAGCUGGUGUAUGGUGCCACAUUGACACUCACAUUCUACUAUGCCCUCCAUCAAAACCAGGUAGUUCUGGAAGGUUUGGCUCACAUCCAGUACCAAUCUGGAGUACCUCUGGCUGCUGUACACACCUGGGGAGACCUCACUCUAAACCAGCGGACUCCCUUACCACCCACUGGCACCUACGAUGUCUACAACAAACCUGCCAUGCCCACUUCUGUCUCUGCAGCUGACUGGAGGCUGGACAACAUCUUGGCUCAGUACUGGGAGAGGAAUAUAACCACAAGGCUGACCAACACCUACAGUGUGCAGAAGACUGGAGCAGGUGGGGAUUCCUUCACGCUCACUCUGCAUCUCCGCUACCCUCCCCAGCUUGUUUGGUACAUCCCGAGCCUGGCACUCCUUUUGAAAGGUGCCUGGAUUCAAUACCUCUCUGUGCUCAUUCUAGUCGCUUAUGUCACCUCUUCCUUCAAACACUGGGUAUUCUCCUCUCGUCUUCUCCCCACUUGGCUUCACUGCCCACAGAACUCACAUCAGCCCUGCAAGAGACAUUAGUUCUUUAUUAUAACAAGGGGAUAGUAAUUUACAUUUGUGGACUAAGGCUUUUGCCCUAUAUCUCUACUAUGGUUCAUUCAUUUGAACUUGAUCUCUGGCAGGCCUUGUUUUCUAGUCAGGUCAGUAAGUUAAAGGCACUGCUAAUUGACUGCUGGGGGGAGGUAUCUGCUGCUACCGUGAGUAGAAGUCAGCAAAUGAUAUUUUGAUUUUUAUACCACUUUAUACUGAGUAUCAAUAUUUGUAACAAUUAUUUAAUCAAGUUUAGAUUAAAAUCUUUGUUCUCAGAUCUGAAUCUCUCCUGAAUACUUUGGUAAUUUCCAGUUAUGGUUGAAAUCUAAUAAGAGAGGAGACAGCAAAGGUUUUGUGCGCAUAUUUUGCAUCCUCAGUAACCUACAAUGUUGGCAAGACAAAGGGAGCGGCGAGGGGAGUGGGAUUAGUGCACUGCUGCCAGUUGGGGACAACUUUUCACAUGCUAUGAUAGUUCUGAAACAGGAAUUCAUUAAGUGAAUAGACAUUCCAUAGCUUAGAGCAGCGGUUCCCAAACUUUUCAGGCCACACACCACCUCCCAGGCUUUGACCGAGUUCACGCACCCCUGCCAAGAUUCGAGCAGUACAAGGUCCUGUCAGUUUCCUGAAAUGUUGUCCAUUUUUUACGAAUUUUGUGCUUGCAAAGUAUGAGGCUCUGAGCAAUGGCUUUCAAAACUGAAUGAAAAUGUACCUGUGAGGUGGAUGAAUGUGCUCAGAGUCUGGGUAAGUUUCAGACAAAGAGCAGACAACUCCGCUGAAGCGUACAGCAUACAUUACUUUUAAAACAAUGGCAGUUAAUGAUGUUUGAAAUUUUAAUGAAACAAAAUCUGCCAUUACAUUAUUUUUUUUUAUUACGCACCCCUAGUGAUCAGCUCAUGCACCCCCAGGGGUGCGCGCACCACACUUUGGGAACCACUGGCAUAGAGAAUCAGGAUAACCUGAAACUGUCAUCACUUUUACAACUAUUUACAGUCAUCUCUGAACAUUCUUAUCAACGUUCGAGAGACAACAGUGUAACGGACAGCCAGCUAUGAACUGGAUGACAUGAGUGUCAGCGUGGGUGCCAAAUUUGAUAGUAACAGAUUUUGCCUGAUGUUCAGUAGUUUUGGAUUUUUCCUCCAAUUUUUCUUGAUGUUAUGCAAAAGAGCUAAAAUUGACCCUCGGGUGAAAAUUCUGAGCCAUCAGGAUUUCCGGAGUAUUGUACGCCAGAUUAUUGGACUUUUAGUGUUGUUUUUGUUUUGUUUUGUUUUUACCCAUAAACUGGGAAGAAUGGUUUGGGAACAGAACCAAUUAGAUAUUUUAACAUGUGCUAUGGGCAGCAUGGGGGAAAAAAAGGGCUUCAAGGGGGCAGCAGAUAUACAUAGCCUUUCAACAGGGUGGCUGUUACCAGAACCCUUUGUGGAUGUUAAGGUACAACUGUAUACAUAGCGCCUAACCAAAGCAUUGGUGAAUACUGAUACACACUAGAGCCUUGGUAGUGGUUUUGGUAAAUGGAAAUGAUACCAAUGAGUUGGUCAGUAAUAUUGGUGAGUGGAUGCAUUGUAGUGCUAUGCCGUGUGUUUGUCUGACUGCUUCCGCAUCAUGACCGCCUUAAACUAUUGCAGGGUGUCACAGCAAAUCUUGGUCUUAAUGCUCUGAUCUAGAGGAAGAAACUCUGGAUAAUCCUGCUUGUGUCAAAAAAGUACAUCAACAUUGCCUUCACACUGUUUUCGACUUCCUUCGCUUUCACUGGUCACUGUAACGAAAGAAGUUUACAUAGACAAUUGCUGUUAUUGCAGGGUUGUACUCAUAAACCCAACUUUCAUAGCCUGAACUUCCAUGCAGAUUUUCAGCCUAUACAAUUUGUCAUCAGUCAGAAGCCUUGAAAUUUACUCUGCAGCAAUGAUCAAUCUGCCUCAUGUUGAUCUCAUCUAAUAAAAUACACUGACAUGUCCCAUAUGAAAGCAGCACAAUAUUACAAAUGUUAUGGACCAUCUGUCUGGCCUUGCAUAUUUUUUUACAUUUUCUGGCAUUGUGCUCAUUGAAGGUCAUCCAGAAGGUUCAUAAUUGUCUAGUGAUGUUCAGACAUUUGAAUUUUUUUUUUAAAUCACUUGAGGCCCAAAGCUUCUUCACCAAAUGCUUGUUUAAGAAUUUCAUGAAUUUCUGCCAUGCUUGCCAAGUUUGAAGCUGAACUUACUACAAAUGUGCUGCUCUUUUAUGACUUUCAUCAAUAAAAAAAAAAUACAGUAGUUAUAAAAAUGUGUAUAGCAAAAGUGUGUGUGCUCUCAACACAUGCCACACUUGCUAAGAAGGAUACAGGCAGUUACAUCAAGGGCUUCAAGUCUGUACUACAACAACUUCCCACAAGCUGAUCAUAUUUCAGAAACCUUGGUCACAUUUCGUAUAUGCUUAGCAAGGCUUGCUAAUAGAGCAGGAUGCAAAUUCAGUGUGCACUCAGGAUAUGAAGUAAAUUGUAGUUUUGCACCCUUGCCCCAUAGGCAAAAACAGUCCUUAAAACUUAAUUCUGCCAUACCAUAGCAUCAGAAUUGGUAAUGUAACUUCUUUAUUUUUCAAUUGAUUUUGAAUGUCUUGAUCUUCAUGAGGGGUGACUGUGAUCACCAUCUUUGGGAGUCCUUGUUAUCCAUCAUCCCUCUCAACUCAUUUCACUCCAUCUUCUGUUAUACAAUAAUUUAUAGUCAUUAGACUGAUAUAUCAGACACUGCUUAUGUUGGCAUGGCAAAGGGCUGUUGCUUAAUGUGGACUGUGCUAGACAGCAUCCAGACUAAUUUUGAAGUCAGUUGUAUUGAAUCAUACUUAGUUUCAAGUAGUCUGGGGGAGGUUAAACAGAUAAUUACCAUAUUUGCCAGCACUGAAGAUGCACCACAUUUUAAAGAAUAAAUAUCCUGACCUUUAUCAAUUUUUUGUUGGUUGUUUCACGACUUGUAGUACAUGUCUGUCAAAUACUACUGGACCAGCACCAUAUUGUAAGGUAUAUAUCAUACAAUAUACACUUAUACCUUAUUGUAAUAACAGCACCAUGUGGAAGGUGACCUGCUUAUUGCUGAAUAUUUCCAUUCUUUAACCAAAGAAUUAUUUAUACCAGACAUAGUGCCUUGUAAGAUUGUAAGUUUCAUAAACAAAAUAUAGACACGCUGUACUGCCUCAUCUUCCAAGGUGUCUUUCAUCAACUUUUUCAGUGGUCUACAAUAAUAUAGCAAUCGCAGUGGGGUAUAUUCAGAGUUGUCAGGUGUUGCAGCAUAUAGGUUACUGUGCCCUAAAAAGCUUGAAAUGUUCUUUCAAUUAUCGUAAAUAACCUGUUUCUCUGGGACUUGUAACAAUUACACUUUAGUACAAUAAGUGACACCGUUAAUAAAAAUGUAGCUGAUUA